GGGAGAACAUCUCGUAGUGUGAUACUUCAAAUAAUCUCCACUUCACUAAAGUAGUAUCUGCUUUUUGCAUUCAUUCACUAGCUUUUCUGCAAAGAGUGAGAAUAUGUCUAACGAUUCCGAUGCUGACUCAAUUUCAUCGUCCCCAACGGUAACUUCAACGUUGUUGGGGUAUGUUGACAUCGCAAUCUCGGAAGACGAACCACUAUAUGCAAAAGAUUCAUUCAUCGGUGGGCAGCCACUCCCAAUGGACAAAUUGUCUCCUAUUCCUUAUAACCUUGUGCAUUGCAAAAAUUGCCACAAACCAAUGCGGUUGUUAGCUCAGUGUACUGCAGACAUACCUGACACCUACUACGAUCGUACAUUGUAUGUUUUCAUAUGUAUCGAAGCGAAGUGCCGUCGUAAAGAGGGAAGUGUCCGAGCAAUCCGGGGAGUGAAAAAAGAUGAAAAAGAGAUGCAAAGAAAAGAGAGGGAAGAUAAAGAACAGGAGGAAGCACAUAAACUGAAGGAACAAGAACAGCUAGCAAAGGAAAAGGAAACCAAGGAUUUGGUCCAGAACUUGUUUUCCCCGGCUGCCUCAUCAACAACUCAGACUUUGGAGAACCCUUUUGCAAGUUCUACUGCAAACCCUUUUGCCAACGCCUCGAAUCCUUUUGAUACAAAGAAUGUGGCCACAGCUUUACAAAAGGUUCAAGAUGAGAAUCCUACGUUUGCCGAUGUGGCGAGAACAUCUGCUGCAAAGGCAAAUAAAACAUCCAAACAACAGUUUGCUGAGAAAAAGAUCGUGGAGUACAAUUUGCCCGAGUUCAAAGGAUUCAUUCUGUACUUUGAGCAAGAAAAAUUGGAUCCUUCCAAACAAAAGCUACCUCCUAUACCAGAAAACCUUAAAAUUGAGGAGGAGGGAGAAUUUGUUGAAGACAGUCCGUCAUUGAAUAAUGUUCAGCAGGGUAAUCUUCCCAAAAUAAACCCUGAAAAAAAUAAGGAAACUGAAGAUUUGUCAAAACUAUUUGAUGAUCAAACCUUCCAGAAUUUUACAAGAAUACUAUCUUACAACACCCAGCAGGUUUUGCGUUAUGAGCCCGAUGGAUCGCCCAUUUUAUAUUCAUCCAAAGACAAACUCAGCCGAAUUUUCUACUCGGAAAGUGGAAAGUUCAAGAGCAGAUCAGAGUGGAACAUCCCCUCUCCAGCAUACAACCCAAGCGGCAGCCGACGUUUUGAAAUGCAGCUAAUGCCUAAGAUGAUCAUUGAUUUGGAAAAUGACAUUGAUGAUAUCCAACAGAUCAUGCAGAACGGAAUGGAAUGGGGUACAAUUAUAGUUGCUACCGAUAGUGAGGACUUUGUGCCCCUCAACUGGCUUGACAAAAACGGUGUUGCUUACCUUGAAGAGUGGUGCGGUGUCCAAUGGGAAGAAGGGCCCAGGCUUUAAUGAUGAGAUGGAAACGGCGUAGCAUAUUUUACAUCAAUCUACGCCCGAGUCUAGUUUUUACUUGUGUGUACACGUUUAGUGCUGUAACUGCAUCUGAAUAUUACGGGCGUUGGUGAUUCUGGCGUGUUUGUAUUUUGUCUAUUCAAUCUCCGAAAAAGUGG